AUGCCCAUUUGCAUUGAAUGCCGGCAUCCGGUCAAGACAUUAUGGACCAAAUAUUCGAACGUCGACGAUAAGUCGAGCGGGCAUAACAUUCGUUUGACGGUGUGCAGAAAUUGUGGUCAAUUUUGCGACAAGUACGUUGAGCAUGACUUCGUGGUGCUCUUCAUCGACCUGGUCUUGAUAAAACCUCAAGUGUAUCGCCAUCUGCUUCACAAUACACUAAUGAAAGACGAAGAUCGGUUUGAUUCUUCUAUCGUACGACUCGGCGUUCUUCUGUUGCUCUUCGAUGUCUAUUUGACGUGGGCGCGCAUCGAAAAGCAGUCGGUUCCCGCUUCAGCUCAAGACGAGGUGGCUAACCUGGGUAGUUUGACCCAGCAGUCUAUCGUGUCGCAAUAUCUCUUCUUCCUGAUACUUUGUGCCCUGUCAACACUCGCUUUCCACGUCAGUAUUCGAUUCAUGACCUCCUCAACCAUUUCUCCUCUUAUUAUGUUGAACAUAUUACCUCGCUAUUCUCGUCCAAAUUCUGUCUCGACUGCGCUGCUUGUAUCGUCUUCAACGAAACUCUUUCCGAUACUCAUGGUUAUAUGGCAAUACGAUGUCCCAGCCGCUGCGCGGUCACUUGGAUGGGCCGUGGUGGCAAAUAACGUCGAGGCUCUCCGUAUACUACUAGAUUGCGGCUAUGGGGUUUCUACACUGCUUGCAACAACAGGGGCUUUGGCGCGCUGGGCAGUGGGACGGGGUGUCCUUUGGGCUGCUGGACUAGAUGGCGUUGACUCUAUUGGGGAGACGAGCAUUGCAGCAGAUGGUAAGGCUCUCUGGGGACUUUUAAUGUAUGCCAGAGAAUGGGCAAGCGACUUAGCCGCAGGAUAG